AAUUUGCGAGAUACUGGGGUGGGAAUUUCCUCCAAGGAAUUGGAUUGGCACUGUUUGUUUCUGUUUCAACGUUUUAAACAACAACAUACAGGCAUGAUUUUGUUUCCUAUUGUCUUUUUAAUACAUGAUGUCCACAUAUUCUUAAGCAAAUGCCAAAUAAAAUUAUCGUAAAUAUUUUGCCUAUUAAAUCGAACGCAAAUGUCAAAAUAUGUGGAGAUUACUUCGUUGCUCCGGGUAUAUACAUAUACAUUAGUUCGUUUCAAUUCCAUGCUGGAAUUUAGACAUACCCGAUGUCCUCGUUACCUCGUUGGAGUAAACACGAUGGACUGACGUAUAUAAAUCGCUGAAUUUUUAUCCCAUGUGUCUUGGAUUCUGUCUUGAGAAAAUCUCCACAAAUAAGAUUUAACAUGGAAGAGAGUUUAAAUGAAAAAGUGAUCAAAAUUUAUAUUGAUGGUGAUGUUGGUUUAGUAUGGAAUAAUGAAGAUGUCAUGUUAUUAAGAAAACAGCACAGAAUCGUUGGAACAUUGGUCGGUGCUCUUCCUCGUGCUCCAUGCCAAAACAACUUACUUGGACUUCCAUUGCAGCUAUCACCAGAAGAAGUAUCUGUACUCUUGGAGAAAGGUAUUGCUCAUCUAAUUCAAGAAGUUUUUCCUAAUAAACUAUCACCUGAAGAAAUACAAGCUUAUGAAGAACAAAGACAUCAGAGCUACACAGAACAGAUACCUCUCUAUCAACAAGAGCGGAGAAUGGAUACAAUACGUAACUUAUCUAAUAUUGUAAAAGGCAAGAAAGCAAAACGAAAUCAGCAACUGGAACAUCAAAAACAAUUGGGAAUGGAAAUUGAUGAUACAGAAUUUGAAAAAGAAGUAGAAAUUGAUGUUGAUGAAAUUAAAAUACCCCCUAUUGAUGAAAAAAAUUCAGUCGUACAAAUCUUUACUGAAAAUCCAUGGAUUAACAGAACUUACAAAGAAGCUGAAUGGACAUUCCCUUCAAAUGCAAUGCAAAACUUGCGAUAUCGAGUAUUCAAGGAGUUCUGGGAACAAGGAUACUUUUUAACACAUGGUUCUAAAUUUGGUGGAGACUUCCUCGUAUAUCCUGGUGAUCCAGCCAGAUAUCAUUCAUUUUUCAUUGUGCGGUGUGUGAAACAAACAGAAAAAAUUCCAAUGAUGGACAUAGCAGCAAUUGAGAGGCUUGGGACAUCAGUAAGAAAAACAGUAGUCCUCUGCUCCCUCAAUGAUGUCAAUGAAGUUGAUUUCAUCUCAUUACAAUGGAGGGGUAUGGGGUGGAAAACAACAGGAUAAUGCAGUGUCUUAUUGCUUGGGUCAUUAUAAUUUAUAUUGUAAACAGUCACCUUCUAGAGGAUAGCUGAAUACAAGGUUAUAUUAAAACCAAUAUGGUGUAAUAAAUUAUUUCAAAUAUGGGAGCAAGGAGAAGAAGCAUUCAAAAUUGUUCAUUCUUUAUUCACCAAAGUUCAUUAUAAAUGAAUACGUAAUUAAAGCCUAUCACCAAAUAAAUAAUUGAAGAAAAAAAA